AUGAAAAGCACAUUCAUCAUGACAUGGGCGAAUCAGACUUUUAACUCUGACUUCAUCCUGCUGGGAAUCUUCGAUUACAGCACCACUCAUAUCUUUCUCUUCUCUCUGAUCUUGGGCAUCUUCACAAUGGCCUUCAUCGGAAACACAGCCAUAGUUCUCCUCAUCUACCUGGACACCCAGCUCCACACGCCUAUGUACUUCCUCCUCAGCCAACUCUCCCUCAUGGACCUCAUGCUCGUCUGCACCACUGUACCCAAGAUGGCCUUCAACUACUUGUCUGGCAGCAAGUCCAUUUCUGUGGCAGGUUGUGCCACACAAAUAUUUUUCUAUACAUCACUACUUGGCUGUGAAUGCUUUCUCUUGGCAGUCAUGGCUUAUGACCGCUAUAUUGCCGUUUGCCACCCUCUGAGAUACCCCAAGCUCAUGAGCCCCCAAAUUUGUGGACUUAUGACUGCCUCUUCCUGGAUCCUGGGCUCUACUGAUGGUGUCAUUGAUGUAGUAGCUACAUUUUCCUUCUCCUAUUGUGGGUCCCGGGAAAUAGCCCACUUCUUCUGUGAUUUCCCUUCCUUGCUAAUCAUUUCAUGCAAUGACACAUCAACAUUUGAAAAAGUUCUUUUCUACUGCUGUGUAAUAAUGAUUGUGUUUCCUGUAGCAAUCAUUAUUGCUUCCUAUACUCGUGUUAUUCUGGCUGUCAUUCGAAUGGGAUCUGGGGAGGGUCGCCACAAAGCUUUUGCCACCUGUUCCUCCCACCUCAUGGUAGUGGGAAUGUACUAUGGGGCAGCUUUGUUCAUAUACAUGAGGCCCACCUCUGAUCGUUCCCCAACCCAGGACAAGAUGGUGUCUGUCUUCUAUACCAUCCUCACUCCCAUGCUGAAUCCCCUCAUCUACAGCCUCCGCAACAAGGAAGUGGCCAGAGCUUUCAUGAAGAUGUUAGGGAAGGUCAAGUCUGAAGAGCAAGUUACCUAA